AACAACUUGAAAUCCGCCAUAUCGCUUCAACCCAAAAUGUCUCUCAUAACUCCUUCAAACCGUUCCAAAGGUCGAAGAAAAGGCGGACCACGUAACAACGAAAACAAUCGCAUCUAUGGAAACCCUCUUCCAGUGAUAUUCAACACCCCUACGGAACGGCCACCUAUCUACAAAGCAUUGGGAUUGUUUGGCAUUCCCAUACACGAAAUACUCAAUCCACAUUGCGAGGGAUUCGUUGAUGUCGCCACUCGUUCCGUCUGGGUAUCAGAUUCGAAACAGUCGAUGCUGCUCUGGCAGAGGGGUUUUUUCGGCAAGGGCGACUUAUCGCGGAGUGAACCUAGUUGGCUAGCUCGACAGAUCAAUGCUAGAAAGCAAGCUGGAAAAGGAUUAACGUCUGAAGAAAUCACUGCAAAACGUAGGGCGGAGCGCAAGCAGUUCAAACUCGAUCGUGCACAGGCCAUAGCUGCCGCCGCUGCAGAUGCGGAGGCUGCCUUUGCUGAAGGUCGCGUCGUACCUACCCCAGGAGUGGCACCAGACGGAACCCGCCUCAUUCCUUCUGCUGCUACAUGGAAACCAUCAACAUCCCUCGAAGAAGUACCUCAGUUGACUCAAGACGACGACGACGAAGGUGACGGAGAUACAGAACUUGAAGAACCCUUAGAGAACAUCGAACAUUUACAACUCACCUUUCCUGAAGCUUUUUUCCUGUCUUGGACUUUAGAUUGCCUCACGGUUUGCAAUUCAGAGGGCGAACCAUUAACUCUGGCGCAAGUAUGGACGCUCUUCCAGGACGCUCACUCUCCUACCCUGCUUUUAUCUAUACCACCACCACAACGAAGAUUCGAUAAUCCGUUCCUGGUCAACUAUGCCGUCUAUCACCAUUACCGCUCCUUGGGCUGGGUGGUGAAGAGCGGCAUCAAAUUUUGUGUAGAUUACCUAUUGUACAAACGUGGCCCUGUUUUUCAUCAUGCCGAGUUCGCUAUCGUUGUAUGCCCUGUAUACGAAGAUCCAGCUGAUCAGACCAAUUCACCAUUUGAUCUUCAAAACGCAUCUCCGUUUUCUUGGUCCUGGUUGAGCACCAUCAAUCGUGUCAAUUCGCAAGUUCAGAAGACGCUUAUCCUGACUUAUGUCACCAUACCCGCUCUGAGUCGUCUCCGGGAGGAUGUACUAUCAUCCCCCGCUUGCCUUGCACAUUACUCGGUAAGAGAAGUGGUUUUGCGCAGGUUCAUUCCUGCUCGCAUGCGCGAUUAA